AUGACUUAUUCACCGUUACAUGUAAUGAACCAGAAUGCAUGGGGAUCAUAUAAUUCCGAGGUUAACAGUGAUGGUAUCAAGCCGGGCUUUCGCAUACCAGACGAACAGGGGGCCAAGGUAAGCCAGACACAGCUUUUAACGCAAAAGGGACAGUUCUCAUUGGAUGAGAUUGUCUCUAUUUUGAAUGCUUGUACACCUCAAUCUCUUGACGAGUACAACGAACAUAUUUUCAAGAUUAUAUCGCUAAUCCACGAGGACCAAAUUGGGCCAGACCAAUUCACAACUUUGGAGAAGAAGUUGUACGAGCUUAUGGAUAUGCUUUCUGGAUUUAUUGAUAAUGAAAAUCCGAUACAUUCUAAGUUGUACACGAUUGUGGAGAAGUGUUUCGAUAUAUUUGUUAAAAUUUCAACCAACCAUAGAAAUGUCGAUUUGUCGACCAGAACGAUUAGAUUCCUAACAAAUUUGAUUAUGAAUUUAAAUUAUUGGGAAUUAUAUAACUUAUUAACGUGGAAGCCGUCUAUCUAUCAUUUCUUGUCAAUUAUACAAUUUGACUUGAACGAAUGUUAUGCCAAGUUCAUUGAGGAUUAUUCAAAAUACAAGCACCACCAAGCCUCCUUAAACGAAGCCAUUAAGCUUAAAGGAAAAACCAAACGUCCAAAAUCAAAGAAAUCCAUUUCUCAAGAUUCUGGAAAUUCUGCUUCACCCGUAUCUGAUGAUGCUUCGCUCAGUCCUUACGAAAAUUUAUCGGGAUCAAGUACUCCUUCUUCAUUUCUUUAUGUUAAUGCAUCAACAGAUGAUCAUGAUAAGUUUGUUUCGGAAUCAUUGGCUGGAUUGACUCCAAGUGAAAAGAAGAAAAUAAGGGUGGAUUCGAAGCUUGCAGCUCAUAGAAUCAUUAAGAAAACCUCUGCAGCAAAACCAUCUAACAAGUCUUCAAAUUAUGAUCCUGAUGUGGUUCACGAAUGUCAAUUACCUUCGGCUGAUGAGCCUGAUAAGAUGUGCUUACGUCGCUUCUCAAGAAAAUAUGAAUUAAUUAGACAUCAAGAGACUGUUCAUUCGAAAAAGAAAAAACUAUUUAAGUGCUACGUUUGUGUGAAACAAAGCCCUAAUAUUGGCCCCAGAAUAUUUACUAGACAUGAUACCUUAGCAAAACAUAUAAGAGUAAACCAUAAAAUUUCGGGUAGAGAAGCGAAAGCUGAAGUUGCCUACUCUAAGAAGCAUGCAGAGAUUGUGGAAGAGGGUGACAUUACAGUACACGUAGGUCGAAGAAAAACAAAAGUGGACUUCGAGCUACGUGCACAUAUGGAAAAGAGAAAAUCCAGUAAAGAUUCGUCAGAUAUGGAUGAUGAUAUGGACGAUGAUAUGGGAGAUAUCAAUGAUUCUCCUGGUGCAAUUGAUUCAGCUGAUGAUACAUUUAACUAA